AUUUGACCAAUCUAAGGAUGUUGGAUAUCACUGGUAAUGAUAUUGCUAGAAUUCCAUCCAAAGUGAUAUCAAAGUUGCAUAAUUUGGAGGAACUGUACAUGGAAGGAUUUUUGGACUGGGAGAGUGAAGUUGAGGGAGAAAGAAGAGAAGAAACCAAUGCUGGCUUUGACGAGGUAACUAGCUUGUCAAAUUUAAGAGUUUUGACUGUUCGUCUCUAUGACACAGAAUGUCUCCCUCAAUAUGUUGACUUCAAACCAAAUUUGGUUGAGUUUAAUAUACGUGUUGGCAUAUACGACCCAUUUGAGAUGACAGAGUUUCAUCGAUAUGUUCAUAAUUCAUUAUGGUUGAAGCUUGACAUCAUCAGUCGCUUACCGGAGUGGUUUUGCGACGAAAUAAUGAAUAGAGCAGAGAGUCUAGUUUGGAGAGAGGGCCGGAGGUUAACUGGCAUAUUUGUGGAAUCUGAGUAUGGGAGAUUACAGGGACUGAAGCAUUUGUUUGUAGUUGGUCCCAGAAGAAACAAGUUGAUGAAGUCACACAAGACAAUAUCUGCAUGGCUUCCGAAAAGACUUGUGUUCGAGAAUUUGGAAGAGUUGUAUCUGUGGAAUGUGGAUUGCGGGGAGUUAUGUGCUGUUGAAUUUCUACCACCUGGGUCUUUAUCCAACUUGAAGGUAUUUGAAGUACGAUUAUGUUACAAUUGGGGGAAUGAAGUUUUACCAUCAACAUUGCUACAGAGACUACUAAAUCUGGAAGAACUGAUUUGUGAUUACAUGGAUGGGAGUAAAUAUGUGUUUGGGCAUGAAGCGUUGAUUGUGUCAAAAGAAUUAAAAUUGAGAAAGAUAGAAUUGUCAUCUCUAGUUACAGUAAGCAUAUGUGAUGGACCUGCUCCACCUGCAAUGUUCCGAAAUCUUCAAACUUUGUCCAUUAAGUGGUGCAAACAGUUGCAGGGAAGUCUCUUCUCUUAUGAUGUUGCUCAAUGUCUUUCCCAAUUGAAUUGCUUGGAAUUAGAAGAAUGCCUCUGUUUGGAAAGGAUAGUUGAAGCAAGCAACAAGAAGAUCAUCCUUCCAAAACUGGAGAAACUACGUUUGGUGGUGCUUCCAAUGUUGUGCUAUGAAAGUGCUACUUUUGAUAUCGAGUGUCCUUCGUUGGAACACUUGGAAUUGUGGGACUGCCCUGUGUUUUCAGCCUCUUCCUCUGACUUCCGCAGCAGGAAACAAGUCCACCUCAAACUCGAGAGAUCGGGGUUAUGGUGAAGAAGCUGAUCGCAUACAAGAAGCACAAAGAGACCUUCAAUGGCCAAGAAGUAGAUCCCUCAUUUGAUUGUGAAGAUUUAGUCAGAACGGAUAUAUCCAUUCUAUUGUGACUCAUCAUUUGUAUUUUACUGUCACGACAGUGACAAUUUGGUUUCUCUAAAACUUGUUCCUAGUUUUCUUC